AGAAACGUUCGAGUGGGGAGAAAGGGAGUUAUACACACUCAAUCCACACCUUCAUGUGCGUGAGAAUACCCACCAAUUUAGCAAAACAAAGAGUCGUAGAGGAAGAUAGAUUUGCUUUUUAUGUAUGGGUGAAAGAAAUCAUACAUAUAAUUGAAUCAAGAAGAUAGAGAUCAAAAUUCGCAAUGGAGACCUGCAGUACUAGCUUUUCUGGAAACAUGGAAGAUGAAUAUGAGAAGUUUAUUCGAAGAAUGAAUCCGCCAAGAGUUGUAAUCGACAACGAAUCUUGUAAAAAUGCCACCAUUAUUCAGGUGGAUAGUGCUAAUAAACAUGGCAUACUUUUGGAAGUUGUUCAAGUUCUUACUGAUCUUAAUUUUAUCGUCACCAAAGCUUACAUAAGUUCUGAUGGAGGGUGGUUCAUGGAUGUUUUCAAUGUCACUGAUCAAGAAGGGAACAAGAUCACAGAUGAAGUAGUUUUGGGUUACAUUCGAAAGGCUCUUGGCUCGGAAACUAGCUUCACGUCGUCAAUGAGAUCCGUCGGGUUGACAUCCUCAAAGGACCACACAGUAAUCGAGUUAAUAGGAAGUGAUAGACCUGGCCUACUCUCUGAACUGUGUGCCGUUCUCACACACUUGAAGUGUAACGUGUUAAACGGCGAGGUCUGGACCCACAACACAAGGGCUGCAUCCGUGAUGCAAGUGACCGAUGAGGAGUCCGGAUUAGCCAUUAUGGAUCCCGAAAAGCUUUCGAUUAUAAAAAAAAUGCUUUGCAAUGUACUUAAAGGUAGCAACAAAUCAAAAGAAGCUAAGACCGUGGUCUCUCAUGGCGUUACUCACACCGAGAGACGGCUCCACCAGAUGAUGUUUGCUGACCGGGACUACGAGAGACCUGAUGAUGGUUCUAAUGAAAAUCAAAGGCCUGAUGUGAAUGUUGUUAAUUGGUACGAUAAAGAUUAUUCGGUUGUCACAAUAAGGUCUAAAGAUCGGCAGAAACUUCUGUUUGAUACAAUCUGCACAUUAACGGAUAUGGAUUAUGUGGUUUUCCAUGGAAAUGUUGAUGCCGAAGGGCCAGAAGCUUAUCAGGAAUAUUGUAUCAGACAUAUCGAUGGUUUCCCUGUGAAUUCAGAUGCAGAGAGGCAAAGGGUGAUCCAAUGCCUUGAAGCUGCCAUAGAAAGAAGAGUUUCUGAGGGAUUGAAGCUAGAACUAUGCACAACAGACAGAGUUGGGCUGUUAUCUGAUGUCACUCGUAUUUUCCGUGAGAAUAGCCUCACUGUCACGAGAGCUGAGGUGGCAACACGGGCCGGGAAAGCCAUGAAUACGUUCUAUGUUCGUGAUGCUUCUGGGUACCCCGUGGACCCCAAGAUUAUCGACUCUAUCAGGAAAGAUAUCGGGCAAACGAUCCUUAAAGUGAAAGGCAACCCUCAAGACUCGAGCCUAAGUUCUCAAGAAUCUCCCAACAGGUUCCUCUUUGGUGGCCUUUUCAAAUCCAAAUCAUUUUGCAAUUUCGGCAUCGUUAGAUCUUGCUCGUGACGCCCUUUCGAUACAACUUAUUAAAGCAUAGUCGAAUUAUGAGCUUACAUCACUUGUACAUAUCGCCCCUUCUUUUGSCAUAUCAAUCCAAGUUAGAGUCCCAGAUUGGCUAGGUUUGGAACUGUUUUCCUCGGUAUAUGUUAGAACCCCAAUUCUCUUUUGAACGACUUUUUAAAAAGAAAUCUAACGGGGUCUCCACGUAUUCUACGGAAAUAAUCUGUAAAUAUCAAGAUUCUAGUUUAUGUUGACUUCAUUAUGGUCUUAGAUGGCUAUUUAUCUGUUUUAAUGGAGGAUUUGUUCUUGUGGCU